CCUCCCAUUACACCCUUCGAGCUUCGCUACGGUAGGAAGCCAGACCUAUCAUUUCUACGCAUCAUUGGUACAUCUCCACCACCAGGGGCCAAGAUCCUCUCGGGUAGAUGGGUCUAUAAGCUCAAGACCGAUGCCAAUGGCAGACCUGCCAAGUUCAAAGCACGUUGGGUGGCCCGAGGUAAUACCCAGAGAGAAGGCAUUGAUUAUGAGGAUGCGUACGCCGCCACCGGCCGCUACGAGACCCUCCGAGUACUCCUUGCAGUCAUCACAUUGAAGAAGCUAUAUUCGACGCAUUUAGACGUCAAUUUGGCCUAUCUCAAUGCGAUUUUGGAAGAGGAAACGUACAUGCAAUACCCCGACGGUCUCGACUUUCAUGGCGUCGAACCUCACGGUAAUGUCUGUCGCCUUCGUAAGAGUCUAUACGGCUUGCGCCAGUCAGCAGCCAAUUGGUAUAAGACCCUUAGCAGCUUCCUCCUUUCCAAAGGCUUCAAUGCCUCAUCCUCUGAUCCAUGUCUAUACGUACGCCACGAGCAAGGGGGUGGAAUUACCAUCAUCUUCGUCUACGUAGAUGAUAUGUUGCUCGCAUCGACGUCUCCAACAACGCUUCAGAGAGUCAAGGAAGCGAUCGCUAAGCAAUGGUCUAUUUCAGACCUAGGUGAAGUCUCUCACUACCUUAGCCUGAAGAUCCAACGUGACCGUGAAGCCGGAAUCAUGAAAAUAGGCCAAAAAGCCUAUAUUGACAAGUUUCCUGACGUCCCAGCAACCUCUCCAAGACCUUUCAUCCCAUUCAGUCCUAGCACCGAGCUUAGGAAAGCCGAUGAACCGGCAAACCGUGAAAACGUGAAGACCUACCAGUCUCUCACCGGUAGUCUAAUUUACGCCAGCACGGUCUCACGUCCUGAUCUCUCCCUAGCGCUUGGGAUGCUCACGAAGCAUAACCUCAAACCCCACGAUCCUCACUUCUCCGCCGUCUACCAAGCCGUCCAGUACGCUAAGCGAACCAGCAACCUUACGAUAACCUACGGACGGCCGAAAACGAGUGGUAAU